CCGUAGACAUCAUGAUGUUAAGCAGAAGAGCACACUCGCUCUGGGGACAUGCGCCUCGCGUACGGUCGCUAAAUCGUACGCGGCGGACCUUCGCGUCUGUCUCAGGUUCCGAACGACCUUACGAUGUUAUAGUUAUUGGAGGAGGCCACGCAGGAUGCGAAGCCUCCGCAGCAGCAGCGCGCUCCGGCGCUCGAACCGCCCUCGUAACUCCUUCCGUUCACAAUCUCGGUGUCUGCUCCUGCAACCCCUCGUUUGGUGGUAUCGGCAAAGGCACGAUGCUCCGGGAGAUCGACGCCCUUGACGGUGUGGUGGGGAGGAUUGUCGAUAAAGCGGGUGUUCAAUUCCGUGUUCUCAAUCGCAAGAAGGGGCCUGCGGUGUGGGGACCCCGCGCGCAAAUCGACAGAGCAUUGUACAAGAAAUACAUGUCGGAAGAGAUGGUUGGGUACAAGAAUUUGAGUGUAGUUGAGGGCAGCGUUGCGGACAUCAUUGUGGACAGGGAAGGGGAGAAAGAGGAUGGAACAUAUGGGACGAUCAAGGGUGUGAGGCUGGAGAGUGGCGAGAUCAUACCAACCGGCAAUGUCGUUAUCACAACGGGGACGUUCCUAGGCGGCGAGAUCCACAUUGGCCUUGAAGCAUAUCCCUCCGGCCGCAUGGGCGAAGCAGCAACGUUCGGACUAAGCAAGUCGCUGCGUGAAGCUGGCUUUACGCUUGGCCGACUGAAGACUGGCACACCCCCUCGACUGGACAAAAAGUCGAUCAAUUUCGACGUCCUCGAAGCACAGGAAGGCGACGACCCACCGACCCCGUUCAGCUACCUCAACGACCGAGUGCAAGUCGAGGACCAGCUCCCCAGCUACCAAACCCGCACAAACGAAACCACCCACGAAAUAGUGCGACAGAAUCUCGACAAAUCGAUCCACAUCCGGGAAACCGUGAAAGGACCGCGGUACUGUCCUUCCCUCGAAGCCAAAGUGAUCCGCUUCGCCGACAAACCCUCACACCUCAUCUGGCUCGAGCCUGAAGGAUUCAACAACGACGUUAUAUACCCCAACGGAAUCUCCUGCACAGUCCCACCAGACGUCCAAGAAGCCCUACUCCGCUCCAUCCGCGGCCUCGAGAACGUGACCAUGCUCCAGCCAGGCUACGGCGUCGAAUACGACUACGUGGACCCGCGCAACCUCCGCAGCAGCCUAGAAACCAAGAACAUCUCCGGCCUCUUCCUCGCGGGCCAGAUCAACGGAACUACAGGCUACGAGGAGGCCGCCGGACAGGGCGUCGUCGCCGGCAUCAACGCAGGCCUCCGAUCCCAAGGCAAGAGCCCCAUGAUCUUGACCCGCGCAGACGGCUACAUCGGCAUCAUGAUCGACGACCUCGUCACCAAGGGCGUCUCCGAGCCCUACAGGAUGUUCACCUCCCGCUCCGAGUACCGCAUGUCUGCCCGCGCCGACAACGCAGACACCCGCCUCACCGCCAUGGGCCGCGCCGCAGGCGUCGUCUCCGACGCCCGCUGGGAAGCCUUCAACCGCGAGGCCGAUGAGGUCGCCGCGCUGACCAAGAUCAUGCAGGAGAAGGUGAUGGGAUGGACGCAUUGGAACGCAGCGGGUUUCGCUGUCCGCAACGACUCCACGAAGCGCUCUGCGUACGAGCUCCUCCGCAUGGCGAAUACCACACCGGCUUCCCUCGUCGAACUCAUCCCCGAUAUUCGCGCUUUCUCGUCUAAGAUCCAGGACCGCGUACACAUCAAUUCGACGUAUGCUCCGUAUGUAGAGCACCAGACUGCAUCGCACAUGAGAUGGUUGAAGGACGAGAGUCUGAAGCUUCCGAUCAAUCUGGACUAUGAUAAUAUAUUUGGCCUUAGCUUCGAAGAGAAACAGGCUUUGAAGCUGACGAGGCCGGAGAGUGUUGGGCAGGCGAGGCGCGUGGAGGGUAUGACGCCGACUGGUGCUCUACGUCUAUUACAGUUCGUGAGAGGGAUGGGGAGGGACAAGAGGGACAAGAUGAUUAAGGAGGAAGUAGAACAGAGAAAGAAGGUUUUCAUGGGCGUCACCGAGGGCGUUGCCUAAAGGGUUCAUUACUGGAUAAACGUGUACGAUGUUGGGGGAAGAAUUUUGCAUUGGCUGGCGUUAUGAACAAGUGGCACAGCAUACGGACAGG